CAGGCCGCCGAAACGCACCUGCUCCAGUCCGGCUAUUUCACAACACCAGGGUCGCAUCAUACCAUUACCAUCAUCAGAGGGCUGGAAACCCUGGACACUGGAGCAUGCGUGGCACGGUCAACACUGAAAACAAUGUCGGUUUUUAUGCUCACUCAUUUCCAACUAUUUGAAAACAUGUUUUUUAAAUAAAAAAUAACUAUGCGCUAAUGUUGUAUCUGGUUUGAUUUGGUUGAUGCAGUUGUACACUGCCCAGUAUCCAGUUGUGAAAACCAUUUCAAACUGCCCACGACGUUGAUGUUGAAAUCAAACAGGCUCCAUUGAAACGAUGACUGACUUCGAGUUGUGGUUCAUCGCGACGAGGGUUGUUUUAAUACAUGUUUAAUGACUCUAGCUUAUUUUCAAUGAAUUAAAAGUCCCUGCUUUAGUGCAGAAGAAUUAAUGUUCUGACCCAAGCUGGGACCGUGAUGCAGUAAUAUUAAUUGUUAACUGGAAACUCGUCCAACUGCUUGAUUUUUGGCACCUGGCUACAUCUGAUAUGUAGUCGCAAGAUCCAGAGAUAUCUGGCUGCAUUUAAUUUUCACUAAUUUGACUCAAGUUAUUUUUAAAAUGUUGUGCAGUGUAUCUCAAAAUGUACGCUUCCCUUGGCAGCCUCUGAGCAGUUCAGCACGAAGGUAGGAUUGUGAAUUAGGUAAUGCUGGCUGUAUUAGGGUGACUAAGUCGCCAGCGCAUGGCAGGGCUAAUGAAAAGCCAAUGGGUGUUUUAUAGAGAGCUUCAAGGCGUCUGUCAGCUGGAUUGAAACCUGUUUCACAGUUCACAUUAUAGCAACGGGACGGGCACCUACCGCUCUCAACAGCCACGCAGUUCGUGGAGUGGUACUGAAAAACGGGAUUUUUUUUAAUAAACAAAAAUGCACCGUACGGUUACUUCGUUGCGUUUAUGUAACCAUGGAAAAAAAACUAUACCCUUAACGCGUGACUGCAAUUUGCACAGUGCAGGUACUUAGAUACCUUAAAGGGGUACUUUUUUUAUUUUAUUUUUAUCUCGCAUGGAAACUUAUCACAUCUAACCGCAGGGCACUGUCUUGUAUGGUAAUGCCGGUUUACCGCUGUAUAAAAUGACCUGAUCUUGUAAUAGUUUACCAUUCCACUCUAUCAGCACUGAAAGCCGGCAUAGCUGACCUUCCAUCGCGCGGAGUUACGGUGGACCCGCAGUUUGGGCACAGCAGGUAACCUCGUGGGGACCGAGGACAGCUUGAGUUUAUGCUUAUUAGCUGCUUAAUUAACCCUAACCAGGGCUUGCUCAGGGUCUGGAUUUCAAGUGUUGUGUUACACAUCCCUGGAACACUCCCAGAAUCCUGACCCAUGAUGUAAUUGCCUCCUUGAGAGGGUUAUUCCUGCCUGUCCAUUCAUUACAAUGGGGGUGCCCAGAAAGAGGCUGGGCCGAGUAGUUUCACAUGUAAAUGAAGUCAUCCACUGGAAAUAAUCCCAAAGAAGUACCAAAUCCAUUUAAUUUUUAGAGCACAAGCUGUGUUUAUGUCAUUUGAUGCAUUGCAUUCAGACUUUUGUGGUUGACAAAAUCAGAGUGCGUCAUCGUAACAAUGUAGUUCAAGAGAAAAUUAAAACAGUUAGAUGCUGCCAGUUAAAAAUGCUCCAGAACAUUACAAAGUAGUAGCCUGUCCUCAGAUGAGAACAGUGGCACUCAAUGAGGUAAAACAAGUAAGAUGGGUUCUUGUUUUAAAUGGCAGGGUCCUCAUAAGCAGAAGAUGCCGGAGCUGAGCCGUGCAGAUAGCCAUGUGAAGUGGCAAAACAAGCGGAAGAGCAAGUCCUUCUACACCGGCAUCGUCGCAGACGACUUACGCAGCGGAGUUCAAAUCCUCAUGCAGGCUUCAGGUCUCGGAAGAAUGAAACCUAACAUUCUGGUAAUGGGGUUUACAAACAACUGGAAAUCAGAUAACCCCAGCAACAUGGAAAACUACAUUGGCAUUAUCCAUGACGCCUUUGACUUCAAUUAUGGAAUCUGUUUAUUGCGUAUGAAAGAAGGGCUGGACAUAUCUCAAACGAUGCAAGCGCACGUGGAUCCAGAGCAGGGCAAGAAGACAAUCGAUAUUUGCUGGCUGUUCGACGAUGGAGGUCUGACUCUCCUUAUUCCCUACCUGCUGACGUGCAAGAAGCACUGGAGGAACUGCAAGGUGCGAGUGUUCGUGGCAGGCCAGCUCAACAGAGGACGAGGAGCGGAAAGCUCGCUUCGACAAAUCAGACUGAACGAAAUCUUGCUGGAUAACUCGCGUGACGCAGCCCUUAUCGUCAUGACUAUGCCCAUCGGCAGGAGGGGUGAGUGCCCCAGCUCCCUCUACAUGGCCUGGCUGGAGACCCUGUCCCAGAAUCUGAGACCCCCGGUCAUGCUGAUCCGAGGAAACCAAGAGAGCGUCCUCACCAUCUACUGCCAGUAACACGGACGGUCACACUGCAGCACUCCUUCAACAUACUCGCACAGACCCUCAUUCAGUGAUACACCCUUACCUUAACACAGCAGCAACAGUGACGUCAAACUGUAAAGUGUACAAGUGAAACUACAAUUCAGCUGUUUAAAUAAAAAUAAAAACUUGAAUGAAAUUUGGACCGACAGGUGAACGAUUUGUCAAGGCAUGUUUGUCUGCGGGUUGAUUUGAUCAAACCCAUAGCUGGCAGGCAGGGUUUUAUUGUAGGGUUUUACAGCACUGAGGAAUCGCCCUGAGAAGUACUGUAUCUGCCACACACUAUUGACGCAGGCUCCAAUAAAUUGCAGAC